CCCGGGCGGCCCGCCUCCGCACCUCGGGCGCUGGCGCAUCGCCAUACCCGCACUGCUGCCGGCAAACUGUCCGAUUUCGAUGCACUGACAUUUGAACUUUUGAAUUUCGAGGCGACCUGGAGGUGACUUAUACCUUUCGGACUUUGCAUUCCAAACUCCGACAAUUCUCGCCACAGCAUCUUUCUCUACGUUACGGACCAAACAAAAGUACAUAACAGACAAACAACAGCAACGACGAACAUCACCAUGUCCGCCCUAGCAAGACGUUCCAUCGCACGCCUCAGCGGCGCCGCCGCCGCCGCGCAACCCGUCUCCUUCGGCUCUACUUCCCCUGUAACUACCGUCACCAGCGCGACCCUGCGCAAGGCUGCUACCGCCCAAGCGCAACAACAAGUCCCGACGCAAAGAGCUUUCUCGACUGCUGCUCCCGUACGGCCCAAGGUUAACGCUCAGGCUACCGGACCAGUGGCAGUUACAACAUGGACAGCGAGAGCCAAGGAAGCUGUCGAGAGGUCGAGGGCGAGGGCUUAUUCGCAGGAGGCGCAGGGAAAGGGAGAAAAUAAGAUUUUGGGGUUUGAGGACAUGCAAAAGUUGAUUGAAGAUCCCAAGAGGAGCGUUAUUAUCGUUGACGUCCGCGAACCAGGCGAACUCAUCCAAACCGGCCGUAUCCCGGGCGCCAUCAACAUCCCCGUCACCACCUCGCCCGAUUCCUUCUUUAUUUCCGAAGACGAAUUCGAGGACCGCCACGGUUUCCCGCGCCCCUCCAAGGACAGCGAGGUGGUCUUUUACUGCAAGGCUGGCGUGCGCAGCAGAGGCGCGGCUGGAUUGGCGAGGGAGGCGGGGUGGGAGAAGGUGAGUGAGUAUCCCGGGAGUUGGUUGGAUUGGGCGGCAAAGGGAGGGAAAAUCGAACAUUAGGGAGAGCAUGAUGACAUGGAGCGGUGCAGUGAAAGGUGUUGAAGGAUGUAGGGAUCCAAGGGUGGGUAGGGGAGCUGUCAGGAUAAAAGAGACUGGGAGAGGGUAUUUGAUCUAGAACGACAGGCGUUAUGGACUGGUGUCGAGCCUGCGCAGAGAGCGAAAGGGAAAAGCAAUAGAUAAAAUU